AUGAUCGGAGGGUACUGUUCGCAUAAGGACAAAGGGAAUCACAGUGCGAGAAAAGGGAUGAUUCUGUUCCGGAGAUUCUCCUACUUUGGUGAUGGAGUUAGUAGACCUACUGAUACAACCAUGGUUUGUGUUCUUUCAGCCAUCUCUCAGAUGGGUUUGCUCGAAGUUGGUGCUCUUGUUCAUGGAUACAUAGAGAAACUUGGUUUCACGCCCGAAGUUGAUGUCUUUAUCGGUACUGGACUUGUUGACAUGUACUCCAAAUGCGGCUGCUUAAACAGUGCUAUCUCUGUGUUCGAGCUAAUGAGAGCGAAGAAUGUUUUGACAUGGACCUCAAUGGCGACGGGGCUAGCUCUCAACGGAAGGGGGAACGAAACACCGAGUCUUCUAAACCGAAUGGCGGAGUCUGGUAUCAAACCAAACGUAGUAUCUUUCACUAGUUUGCUUUCGGCUUACCGUCAUAACGGUCUUGUUCAAGAAGGACUGGACUUCAUCUGCUCCUCUCAGCCUUCUCGGCUUGGUAGAUCCAGCCCUUAUGGGAUGGAUUUGUUGCCAGUUUUAGUUGGUGGAACCGGAGUAAGGGUUUUGCUCCUCUCCGUUGGUGGUGGCGCGUCUGUGGCGUGGGUUCAACCUCUUUCUUGCUCCGGGAAGUUUUGUCGCUGGUUCGGUGGUGUGGCGUUUCUCAACGUCCUCAUUCUCACCAAAUAA